CUCUAAAUCUGGUACACAGUAAGCUUACUUGAACCACAACAAUUAAGAUCCUUAAAAAAGAUUUCCAAUUUUUUUCUUUUAUUAAAUAAAUAAUACUAGAAUAUUAUAUAAUAUAUAAUUAUAAUUAAAUAAUUUAGCAAGAAGUAUCAAAGUAUUUGUAAAAAUGGAUGUUGGAGAACUAUUAAGUUAUAAACCAGCUAAAGAGCCCAGAAGGGUAGCUAUAGAAGAUGAUGAUGUAGAAGUUAGACCGAGAUCUAAGAGACUUGCUAACAUUCCUGAAGCCCACCAUGAUCGCCGACCAACUAAGAUGAUGAAAACGCAAGAUGAAAAUAAGGAAAAUUUUAAGCAAGAUUUGGAGGGUGAGUCUGAGCUUCCUGAGGGAGAAAGUGGAGUACUGGAUGACACUACUUUAAAAAAACUGUUGUUGUCUUUUGAAAAGAAAGUUUUAAAAAAUCAAGAGCUUCGUAUCAAGUUCCCCGACCAACCCGAAAAGUUCAUGGAUUCCGAAAUCGAAUUAAAUGAUAUUCUCCUCGAAAUGCAUGUAAUUGCUACACAGCCAGACUUGUACCAUAUAUUAGUUGAACUGAACUCUGUUUCAACCAUACUGGGUUUGCUUACUCAUGAAAAUACGGAUAUAUCAAUUGCAGUUGUCGAUCUCUUGCAAGAAAUGACUGAUAUUGAUACUCUUAAUGAAAGUGAAGAAGGUGCUACAACUUUAAUUGAUGCGAUGUUGAAUGCACAGGUUAUUGCAGUGUUGGUGCAAAAUUUGGAGCGACUGGAUGAAAAAGUUAAAGAAGAAGCUGAAGGAGUACACAACACUCUUGCUAUUAUUGAAAAUCUGGCAGAAUUUAAAACGGAUAUGUGUGUAGAUGCUGUUGAACAAGGUCUGAUGCAGUGGAUAUUGAAAAGAAUCAAAUCUAAAAUGCCAUUUGAUGCCAAUAAACUCUAUGCCAGUGAAAUUCUGUCAAUCUUGCUUCAAAGACAUGAUGAAAAUAGGCAAUCUCUUGGAACAAUGGAAGGCAUUGAUGUUUUAUUGCAACAAUUGGCUUAUUUCAAAAGAAAUGAUCCGUCAAGUGCUGAGGAACAUGAAAUGAUGGAAAACUUGUUUGACUGCAUUUGCUCCUCUUUGAUGUUUCCUGCAAAUCGGGAAAGAUUCUUAAAAGGAGAAGGUUUACAACUUAUGAAUCUAAUGUUGAGAGAGAAGAAGAUGUCUAGAAAUGGUGCUCUAAAAGUUUUAGAUCAUGCUAUGUGUAAUGCAGAAGGAGCCGACAAUUGUAAUAAAUUUGUUGAUAUAUUAGGUUUAAGAGCUAUAUUUCCAUUAUUUAUGAAAACUCCAAAGAAGAACUGGAAAAAAGGGUUGUCUAUCGAGCAACACGAAGAACACGUCUGCUCUAUAAUUGCAUCGAUGCUGAAGAAUUGUAAGGGUCAACAACGUCAACGACUUUUAAACAAAUUCACGGAAAAUGAUCACGAAAAGGUUGAUAGAUUGAUGGAACUGCAUUUUAAAUACCUUGAUAAGGUGCACUAUGUUGAUGUUCAAAUUGAAAAAGAAAAAUCUAAACUUAGUGAAAGUGAAAUUGAUUCUGUCAUGGAAGAAGAAUUCUAUUUACGUCGCCUUGAAGGUGGUCUUUUCACACUUCAACUUAUUGACUACAUAAUGGUUGAUAUUUGUUGUUCCGGACCCCCUAGUAUUAAACAGCGUGUGCUCCAGAUUUUAAAUUUGAGAGGAGGCUCUAUCAAAACAAUUCGAAAUGUAAUGAGAGAAUAUGCUGGUAAUAUGGGGGAUGCUAAUGAUGCUGCUAUCAGAGAAGCAGAACAACAAAGGCUUUUGCAAUUUGUUGAUCGUUUUUAAAAUCAUCUGUUAAUGGUCAUGAUUUAUCUUUUACAUAUUCUCAUAUCUCCAUUCUGAAUUUUUACUUUUGAAAGUAUGUGCUAAUUAUUUUAUGUUUAUGUAUGAUAUUUUGUUACAUUAGAAGCAUUGUUUAAGGUGCAUUUCUCUUAUAAUAAAAAUUGUUCUCUGUU